AUGACCGGGCUCCGCGCUGGAGACAGGUUCCCCGACGGCGUUGCCUUCUCAUACAUUCCCUACAGCGAGGACAAGAGCUCCAUCAACAGCUGUGGCAUCCCCGUGACCUACGAUGCCUCCAAAGAGUUUGCCGACAAAAAGAUAGUCCUCGUGUCCGUCCCCGGCGCUUUCACCGGGACCUGCUCCGAGAAGCAUCUCCCCGGCUACAUCAGCAGCUUGGCCAAGUUCAAGGGAAAGGGCGUCGACACUGUCGCCGUCAUCGCCUAUAAUGACGCCUAUGUCAUGAGCGCCUGGGGCAAGGCCAACCAAAUCAAGAAUGAUGAUAUUCUCUUCCUGUCCGAUACCGACACGGCCUUUUCCAAGAAGCUUGGCUGGCUCAAGGGCGAGCGCACGGCCCGGUAUGCCAUGGUCAUUGACAAGGGCAGCGUCGUGUAUGCGGAGAAGGAGCCCGCGCGUGACGUGACCGUCUCUUCUGCCGAGGCUGUGUAA